AUCAACUUUGCGGACUUGCAGAAAUAUGACUUCUCGUCGUUGAUUGACUAUAGCGCUGCUGUGAUAUCAUGCAGCCGUGCUGUAGUCGAUCAACCACAAGAACAUAACUUACUCGAUGUGGUCAAACCAAGGAAUUGGUUACGAAGAAGGAAAGCAUGUGGUUAAAAUCAUCCUCGCUAAUUUCGUUCUCCUAAGAUGAGCAAUAUCUAUAUAUAUGUGACUAUGUCACCUCAUGAGAAGGUGAAAACCUCAUUGUAGUUCUCUCAAUUCACAUUUACAACUAUCAGCAGACUCAAUAACCUCAAAAUGGCCACCGACGAACUUACAGCCAAAGAAAUUGCCAUCAAUGAACUUGAUACCCUCGUCAAUACUUUGGGGGUCUCCAAUUGCUUCAAAAAAGGCAAAGGCUUCUAUGAAAAUGAAGUAACGCAAUAUGCCACUUCCUCUUAUGAGUACGUAACCCUUUUUCCUAUCCCUGAUUUUACCUCAUGUCACCAUUGCUUGAGAUGGAAUUUUAUUUCUUCACCUGUUUCCAUUCGCUCAGAGAAGUAUGAUACUAAUUCUUGUUAGAUACGUUCGCACGUUGCCAGCAUUGAUCCUGAAGCCCCGAAACAAACAGGACAUUGCCACUAUUUUGGAAUACGCCAACAGGAGAAAAAUUGGUGUAUCGGUUCGUACAGGAGGACAUCAAUACAGCGGAGCUUCAUCUUGCACCGCUCCAAAUAUCCAAAUGGACUUGUCAGAAACUUUCAAAGGUCCCGAUGAUCGAACACUCUUGAGAAAGCAGGGUCGUCUUCACACGAGCGUCAGUUGGUCUCUGAAGGAAUUUACUGAAUUUUGCUCCGAACACCACAUUUUCGCGCCCCAUGGACAAUGCAUUGCUGUUCACCUCGGAGGACACGUUCAAACUGGCGGUUACGGGCAACUCGGUCGCAGCUUCGGGCUACUUGCGGAUCAUGUCCUUGAGAUUGACAUUGUGGACUAUGAGGGAGUCCCCAGAAGGCUUGUUCAGAAUAGCCCUAACGUGGCCGAACGAGAUCUAUUUAAUGCCAUCCUUGGAGGAAGCCCAGGGAACUUUGGUGUAGUCACCCACUUCACAAUCAAGGUCCAUAAAGACGAAGAUUAUAAAGGAUCCAUUGGUAUGAAGUGCUUAUAUCCGUACAGUCCUGAGAGGGCUGAGAAGCUGCUCGAACUUGUGGCAAAGAUGUCAGACGGUUUGGAUUCCGAAGGAAACCCGAUGAUACUUGCUCGUAAUUACGAUGUUUGCCUCAACAUCGUUAGUUCUGGAAACGAGUUCGCCGCCCUUUUCCCCGGUAAAGCUAAAUCACUGAGGGACUUUUACAACAAUCAUGAUGACCUUCCAAACAUUGACGAUAACUUGCCGCAAUAUCCCAAAUUAAUUUACAUCUGGGCGCAAUGGGUUAAGAUACAUGAAACCGAUAAAUUCGACAAGACGCUUUGGUUCGAUAAACUAUCCGACGGUUGCAUUGACCCAAUCAGCAUAAACCAUAAGGAGUUGGAGCCAAAAGAUAUGUCUUUCAUGACGGGAAAUUGGUGGAUUUUAGAUGCUGUUCGCGAGUAUCCAUAUCCCUAUAUCAAGAGUACCCGCAUGAGCGACAAGACGAAUCUGAGCAAGUCCGGAUGGCCUGCGUGGUUAGCUGGACGUAUUGAUAAAGUUGUGAAGCCAGAAAAUAACGGUCUCUUUGUGUGUGCUCAAAUCCAACCUUUUGGCGGGCCUGAAUCGCAGACGGUCCAAAAGGCAAACAACGGCACUUCAUAUAGUUGGAGAAACUCGACCAUCACCUGUACUCUUGAUUGCUUCUACAACUUCAAACACGACAAGAAGAAGGAGGCGGAAGAAUGGCAGAAGGAAAAUGAACAAGGAGCCAUUGGGGAGAAUGGGGUUUUUAGCACCAAGGAUAUGCGUCCUUUAUGGGGGUCAUUCGGAGAAUAUGACUUGUCCCAAAUUUGGGAAGCGUAUCAUGACAGCCAGGAAAAGUACGACAAGCUACGCAAACUGAGAAAGACUCAUGAUCCAACUGGGGUGUUCACACCAAACACAUUCUGCGUCCCGCGGGAAGGAGAAGACACCAAGGACCUUCUGGCAGAGAGAGUAAAACAGCAGGCUCUUCUUAGAUAGCAGAGGAUGUUGUAAAAGCUCAGAAUUUCGAAGUUAGCUUCCAGAUUGAAGCUUUUUUACCAUCACUUGUGGUCUUCCAAGGGCAGGCUAGGUGGCAAACGGGAACCUGUUCCUUCAAUUCUUUCAUAGUUAACGAUAUACACAUUCUUUAGCAUGCUUUACAUGAUUAUGUUGAUACCUUUUAAAGUUGCCGCGUCUUUAAGAUUCGUGAGAGAGUGUAUAGCUUCAGUGUUAGAUAAAUAAAGCGAAUGGAGCGUGAAGUAGAGAAAC